AUGGAAGAACUACAUGAGGAGGUGUCCUUGGCGCACGAGAACUUCGCUCUAUCGCUGUCGACGCUGUGCGCGCUGGUUCGAGGAUUAGGGUGUUCGUAUAGAACAAACGAUGGCCAAAGACUUAUACAAAGAGCAGAUCUGGUCGCUAAAAGAAAAGAAUACUUGCACGCAAUUGCAUUAGCAAGAAGAGGAGAUUAUAUAGUUUAUAUGGAUGAAACGUGGGUCUAUAGUGGUAUGAGCAAGAAGAUGGGCUGGAAUGAUAAUAACAUCCCAAGAUUCGCGCCCCAAUCGACGUUCGCCAGGGCCAUCGUUAUUGACGCAUUGGCUGAGGACGGCGUGAUAGCCCCAUGUACGAAAGUGUUUGUAAGCGGAAGGUUGGCUGACGAUGGGGACUAA